CUGGAGGGGCUCGUGGCGGCGGCGGCGGCGGCCGAGUCCGCGGCUUUGGGUCGUUCCGCACGGCUCACCCCUGCGUCGCCACCCCGCUGACCCCUGCCUUCUUCCCUUUUGCGCAUCUCGCGCUGGGUUGGUUCUGUUCGCACUCGCGCGUCAGUUUGCGGGUGUGCGCAGGCGCGGCGGGGGUGACUAACCCCGCCGGGUGGGCGGCCGAGCCCGGGAGCGCGCGGGCGAGACCAUGGCGGGCAGUGGCUCGGGGGGCGGUGGUGUUGGGGAGACGAAGGUGAUUUACCAUUUGGAUGAAGAAGAGACUCCCUACCUCGUGAAGAUCCCCGUCCCCGCCGAGCGCAUCACCCUCGGUGAUUUUAAGAGUGUCCUGCAGCGGCCCGCGGGCGCUAAGUACUUUUUCAAGUCUAUGGAUCAGGAUUUCGGGGUGGUGAAGGAAGAAAUUUCAGAUGACAAUGCCCGCCUUCCCUGCUUCAAUGGAAGGGUGGUAUCCUGGCUCGUGUCAUCGGAUAACCCCCAACCUGAGAUGGCCUCCCCAGCCCAUGAGACUCUUGCAGAACUGGUGCCUCCACCCCCACCGUUACCCCCUUUGCCACCAGAGAGGACCAGUGGCAUUGGGGACUCCAGGCCUCCAUCCUUCCACCCUAAUGUGUCCAGCAGCCAAGAAAAUCUGGAGCCUGAGACAGAAACGGAAUCAGUAGUCUCUCUGAGGAGGGAGCGGCCUCGAAGGAGAGAUAGCAAUGAGCAUGGCGCUGGGGGCCACAGGCCCAGCGGCCCCCCAAGGCUGGAGCGCCACCUGGCUGGCUAUGAGAGCUCCUCAACCCUCCUGACCAGCGAGCUGGAGAGCACCAGCCUGGGGGACUCGGACGAGGAUGACACUAUGAGCAGGUUCAGCAGCUCCACGGAGCAGAGCAGUGCCUCACGCCUGCUCAAGCGCCACCGGCGGCGGAGGAAACAACGGCCACCACGCCUGGAGAGGACCUCAUCCUUCAGCAGCGUCACUGAUUCCACCAUGUCCCUCAACAUCAUCACAGUCACACUCAACAUGGAGAAGUACAACUUCCUGGGCAUCUCCAUUGUGGGCCAAAGCAAUGAGCGGGGAGAUGGUGGCAUCUACAUUGGUUCCAUCAUGAAGGGUGGGGCCGUGGCAGCUGACGGGCGCAUCGAGCCAGGGGACAUGCUUUUGCAGGUGAAUGACAUGAACUUUGAGAACAUGAGCAAUGAUGAUGCGGUACGGGUGCUGAGGGACAUUGUGCACAAGCCGGGCCCCAUUGUGCUGACUGUGGCCAAGUGCUGGGAUCCCUCUCCCCAGGCCUAUUUCACUCUCCCCCGAAAUGAGCCCAUCCAACCAAUUGACCCUGCUGCCUGGGUCUCCCAUUCGGCUGCACUGACUGGCACCUUCCCGGCGUACCCUGGUUCUUCGUCCAUGAGCACCAUUACAUCUGGGUCCUCUCUGCCUGAUGGCUGUGAGGGCCGGGGUCUCUCCAUCCAUACAGACAUGGCAUCUGUGACCAAGGCCAUGGCAGCUCCAGAGUCUGGAUUGGAAGUCCGGGACCGCAUGUGGCUCAAAAUCACCAUCCCUAAUGCCUUUCUGGGCUCCGAUGUGGUUGACUGGCUCUACCAUCAUGUGGAAGGCUUUCCUGAGCGGCGGGAGGCCCGAAAAUAUGCCAGCGGGCUGCUCAAAGCGGGUCUUAUCCGACACACUGUAAACAAGAUCACCUUCUCUGAGCAGUGCUAUUAUGUCUUUGGAGAUCUCAGUGGAGGCUGCGAAAGUUACCUGGUCAACUUGUCUCUGAAUGACAAUGAUGGCUCCAGUGGGGCUUCGGACCAGGACACCUUGGCUCCUCUGCCUGGGGCCACCCCCUGGCCUCUGUUGCCCACUUUCUCCUACCAGUACCCAGCCCCACACCCUUACAGCCCCCAGCCCCCACCCUACCAUGAGCUCUCAUCCUACACCUAUGGUGGAGGCAGUGCCAGCAGCCAGCACAGUGAGGGGAGCCGGAGCAGUGGGUCUACACGAAGUGAUGGGGGGGCAGGGCGCGCAGGAAGGCCUGAGGAGCGGGCCCCUGAGUCCAAGUCUGGCAGCGGCAGUGAGUCUGAGCCCUCCAGCCGGGGGAGCAGCCUUCGGCGGGGUGGGGAACCUGGUGGGACUGGUGAUGGGGGCGCUCCCCCUUCCAGGGGCUCGUCAGCAGGUACUCCUCAUCUCCGAGCUCACCCAGGGCUAAAUCCCUAUGGCCCGCCUCCUGGUAUGGCCCUCCCCUAUAACCCCAUGAUGGUGGUCAUGAUGCCCCCACCGCCGCCCCCUGUUCCGCCAGCAGUGCAGCCCCCAGGGGCCCCUCCAGUCAGAGACCUGGGUUCUGUGCCCCCAGAGCUGACAGCCAGCCGCCAAAGCUUCCACAUGGCCAUGGGCAAUCCCAGUGAGUUCUUUGUAGAUGUUAUGUAGAGCCCACAGUGGGGCCUGUUGGCUCUCUGCCCUUGGCCUGACAGUCAGUGCUCGGUGCUCCUGUCCUGUGACUGGGUGUCUUGUCAAUCACAUGCCUGUUAACACCUCUGUGCCUGGGCUCAGCCCGCUCUAUGGGCUGCCAGCUGCCACUGUGACUCUUUUACCGGCAGUGCCUGGUCCCUCCCCCUCCCUCAGGGGUGUACAAGGGACCUUUGGUUAUUUUUAGCAUUUUUUUUAUAAGCUUUUUUGGGGGUUAAAAUAGAUUUUCAUAUAUUUUUGGACUAUUUUUUUAGUAGGCUUUUUUUUAAUAUGAAGAAUCCCCAUCUCCUGGGCCCCCUUCUUCUGACCAGAAAAUGUCAUUCACCCCGUCAGGUGUCCUGCAGGGUGGGGGUGGUCAGUCGUACCUUGGGAGGAGGAAGGGGUUGGUCACCCUAGACAGCAGUCAAAGAAAGCUGGGGUAUUUGGUACUUGGGGGCCAUGUAGCUGAUUUUGUUACUUUAUUUAUUUUAGUCACUUGUAUAAAACAUGAAAUAAAGCAAUAGGGACAAACUC